GGAAUACAGAACUGUGGAAGUAGAUUAUGUAGGUGAUGUUUCGGUACAAGGUUUAACUGGAUCGCGAUUCGUCAUGAAGGAAAGAGUAUGGUUUCUAAAUACAUCACAGUGUUAUUGUUUAAAAGUGAACAACGUACCAAAAUGUCUACCACAAGGCCUAAUCGACGUGUCAGAAUGUCAGGUAACAUUGUAACGAAAUAAAUGUGUCUCCUUACGGUCUGAGAUUCGAUUAUUUCACAGAAAAUGCCGGUAAUCUUGUCAGAGCCACACUUUUUACACGGCGACCCGCAACUCUUAAAAUAUGCAGGUGGUUUGAGCCCUAAUGAAGAGGCGCAUAGCACUUACGUCAUUAUCGAGCCAUACACUGGAACACCUCUUUCUGGAGAAAAAAAGACACAAUUGAAUCUAUAUUUAGAAAGACAACCGGUAGAAUUGCUUUCAAAUGUCAGCGACGGCUAUUUUCCACUUAUGUGGUGCAGCAAUGUAAGAAAAUAUUGAGACACAUAAUACAUUAUUGAUCAU